AUGUCUUCCACAUCCAAAGCAACCAGCAAGACCCAGUGGCUUUCCGACCGCCUCAGCCAGCCCAUCAAGGACCUCAUCUCCAAGUUCUAUGCACUAGCCGACCUAAAAGCCCCAGAGGCCGGUCCACGCAUGGCCGUCGAGGUUUUCUCAGCUGACGCCCUCAUGAUCACGGCCAACGGAACCUUUCAUAGCUCCUCUGAAAUAUCCCGGAGCAGAGACAAUGCCUGGGCUGUGGUGGCCACAAGGCAACACCAUGUUCUCCAGGUCUUCGCCGGUGAUCAGGACGUCCCCGAUAUUGCUCUUAUCGGCUCUCUUGAUACGGGCUUCACAAAUGGAAAAACCCUGACCGCUCCCUUUGCUUCCCUUCUUAAGUUGGAUUGGCCGACGGGUGCGGAACCUCGUAUCAGGCAUCUCGAAGUCUUUGCCCUCCAUUUGCCGCUGCACUAA